UAUUGACUUUAAGUUGUUAUUUAAUGUAUGGUAACGUUAACAAUUUCCCAAUAUGAAUUUCAGAUCCCUUAAAACCACGAAAAAAGGUAUUCACGAGGACGGUAGAACUGGAUGAGUGUGCCGCCGCAGAUGACGAACAGCGCUACAUGUUCAUCGUGAGUCGAAAGGGAGGUAUUCUGUUGGUGCACGAAAGCCACAUAUACCGAUCCAAUAUGCGUCGUCAGGGUCCCCACAAGAACAUACUGUACUGGGAGUGUGUACACAAUCGUUCGCAGAAGUGCCGUGGUCGACUCAAGAGCGAAGGGAAUUACCUGUUUAUUUCGAACACCAAUGUUCAGGAAAUGUCCCCGACAUGCGAUGCCCCGCAGUAUGUCAUUAGCAAGUGUGGAACUGUUCAGCUUCGGCACAAUGGUCAUCUUUUCAAUCGACACGUCAAGCGAGACGACAUCACAUACUGGCGCUGCUCGCAGUUUACCGUGUACAAGUGUCGCGCCCGGAUUAAGUCCGUACUCGAAGAGUUUUUCAUGUUGAACGUGGAACAUAACCACCAGGUAGUGGCCUCACCCAGAGCGUACGGAUCUUUGAAGCGACUGAAACAACAACUUGCAAGAUAUUAAUAAACUACACUCGUCUUUGGAAUUCAAUUUAGUACUUCAUUUUAUUGAAUUUAGGAAUUCUCGGACAGUUUUGCAUUGACCUAAUGAUCCAAACAUUUCAGAUGUCUAUGUCCGAUACGUUUCCGGAUUUCGAAGAAGUCGCAAGCUAAAACUAGGAGAGUUCAGCUACACCAAGAACAAGGAAAGUGCAAACAAAACGUACUGGUCUUGUGCGAGGGCAGGCAUGAGCAAAUGUAAAGCACGGGUUCUAACCUACACACUGAGAAACGGGGAAGAGAACUUGGUGGUUCGAUAUCCAACACACAAUCAUGAACCAUUCUAGUACUGCAAUCUUAUAUGAUACUCUGUAAAUAAAACAUUAAUGAGUUGGUGGAAACUGUGGUGGACUUUUCCUCUAUGUCAUAUAUUUGUAUUACGUUGAAGCAUGACUAAUCAAUUAAUUUGGAUUCCAUUUUAGUGUUUAAAAUUGUUAACAUUGAAGAAGUGGAAGAUGAUCAAC